GUCGUCGUACCUUAUCAUCUGAACGUUUCGUUUGAUUCCAAUUUAUUCUUUUGAUCGUUACCGUUCUUUUAUUGAAAAUUAUAUAUAUUUCGCCUGUUAUACCGCAGUGCAUAGACUCUGUUCUCUCGAAUCUCUUCCCAGUCCCUGUCGUUCAGUUUUCGACGUCCAGCCCACGUGUCCGAGUCCUAUCGCAACAGGCCGACUUUUCCUACGACAAGAGACACGAACAAUACGCAUGUCAAUCCAGAAUCUCAACGUUUUUGACCCGUUUGCUGAUGCAAACAAGGGUGCAGAUGAUGAUGUACAAGAUGGGCUUGUUCAUAUAAGAAUUCAACAGCGUAAUGGUCGCAAAACAUUAACAACGGUACAAGGUCUGUCAUCAGAAUAUGACUUGAAGAAGAUUGUACGAGCUUGCAAAAUGGAGUUUGCUUGCAACGGCACUGUAGUUGAUCAUCCCGAGUAUGGUGAAGUAUUACAACUUCAAGGGGACCAGCGAGAAAACAUUUGCCAAUGGUUAACUAAAUGUGGUCUUGCCAAGUCCGAUCAACUCAAGGUCCAUGGUUUCUAAUGCUUUGUAUUAUUACAUUACUCAGUCAAACAAAUCAUAAUAAAUUAAAAAUUAAAAAUAUAUGUUAAUAAAUUUAAUGUUUGAUUCUACUGAUUUUUUAAUUUUUUAUUUAAAUUUAAAUUUAAGUGUAGAUUCAAAUUAGCAUUAGUGAUAAUAUCUUAGUGUUAUCUUAUUACUGGUAUAUUGUUGGUACUGACAUAUUUAGAGAACAUUUUCAAAAUGUUUUUCAUAUCUUAAUGUAUCAAGAAAUUUUUUUAUCUGUAUUACACAUAGUUCCACAUUUUACUUAGUAUGAUAUUGGUGUUAAAAUCUUCAUUAAAUUUAUGGCAUUUAAAUGUUUUUCUUUUAUAUAUUUAAUGUAUAUAUUUACUGGCGUGGAUCUAGAAAAAUAAAAUGGAGGGGAGACUAAUUUUUCAGAAUAAAUUCGAUUACAAUUUUAGUUUGCACCAGAUUAGAUAAUAAUAGUUGCAAUUGUAUUUAUAUUUUAAAUGUAUACAAUUUAAGAUGUAUGAAGUAUUAUGUAUUAUAUAAAUACAUUCAUAAUAUGUAAUUUUUCUUUAGGCACCACCCAAAACCUCUUAGCCUCUGGAUCCACGCCUGUAUUUUUUCUUAAAAUGUAUUUACAUUUUAUUAACCAUUCUAAUUGUCCGAAUCAUUUAGUGAAUUAGCUUUGGUAACUCUGUGACUGUUUAGUUAUGAGCUAAAGGUGUGUCCCCACUGCAUGCGGCUUUCUUUAAUGUGAACUGACAACCAUUGAGAAUCUGCUGCUUCUGUUGAUCGGCUACAAAAACCGAGAUGCUUCACAUCCACACCAUAAUAAUGAAGUCGAGUGGUAAAGCUGCAUGCCAACGGGGACGCGUCUUAGAGGGUUAGGUUAACCAAAGUUAUUUAUUAACUAAAGCUAUCUAUGGUUUGAUAAAAAAAAAA